UGUUCGUAUUAGACGUUAGUUUGUAUUGUGUGUUUUUGUGAAGCAGUCAUGUCAAACAAAUUAGUGGAAAUACCCAUAAACAAAUGGCCGACAUUACGUGAUUUGUAUACAAAACGUAAAGAUCGUGCAUCUUGUUAUAAUUUUUUACAAACUCUAAUCAAUUGGAAAAACAAAGAACCCGAAUUGCAGCUAAGCAUUUAUUCACUUAACGGCGAUUGGGAGACGGAUGGUACAUUUGUUGCCAAGUUUUUAUAUCAAGUAUUUUUUAACACAUGUGGAGAUAAUCAAGAACGUUUGUUGAAGGCUUUGAAUUGCUUGGAUUCAGCGAAAUCUUACACAUUGGCUGGGUAUCAAGAUUUUGUGGUACCCACAGUAGAGCAACAUUUUAUUGACUCUGGUCUAGAUAAGGAAGUAUGUAAACCUACUUGUACGGUUUGGUAUCAUAUAACCAAAGAACAGGCUAAACAAUUUACAGUCGAUGCUCCCAGUAAUGUACAAUUUAAGCCCCUGGAAGAAUGUCAUGCCGAACAUAUAAACAGUGUUUGGCCCCACAGAGGUCCCGGUUCGAUUGAUUUUGUCAAGUUACUCAUACGCCAAAAUGACUCUGUUGGUUUAUUUGAUAACAACAAUUUGGUGGCUUGGUGUCUAAUCCUUCCUUUGGGUGCUCUGGGUCUGUUGCAGGUUAUGGAUACGCAUAAACGUAAAGGUUUCGGCAAUUUGGCAGUACGUUACAUGUCCAAACUAUUGGCUGAAAAAGAAAUUGAAGUCACUGCUCCAGUGGUUAUUGAUAAUGUGGCUUCCCGUGCCAUGUUUGAGAAACUAGGUUUUAAAGUUAUCGAUAAAGUGUAUUGGGCUGACAAACCGGCAAAUAAAUAAAAAGCAAUU